GAGGGUGUUGCUGGCCCUUUAAGACGCGGAGAGCGCGCUAUGUGGGUCGGACUGUAGCUUUGGAACGACAGAGUCCGUCUCUUUAUGGCGAGCGUGUAAACAAGGCGACUCGAGAGGGGAAAAAACACGUACUUAACACCGUCCUGUUACAAACCGCAGAGCUCGCCGUUUUUAAAAGGAGGAGUUGCCGAAAUGCUUUCGUCAUUAAUUUCUUUACUUUUUUCCCCCCAAGGAAUAUUUCACUAAACGACGGCACAGCUUGUGCGUGCGUGCGCGCCUGUUAUUUGCAAACAGCUUUGCUUUGUGAACCCAAGUUGGGAAGAAACGACAAAAAAUAAUAAUAAUUAUAAUAAUACAAAACAAAAAAAAAAACCGUUUGUCUUUUAUAACUUACUCGCUACAAAUGGAGCUUUGUUCUGGAGCGAUCGCGGUGAGAAACUACUUAAAUUGGAUUCGAUUUUCUUAGUUCUAUUAUAUUAUUUUAUUUAUUUGUAAAUCGCAAAAAAACAAAAUAAAACAUGAUGAUGGAGCAUUAAAAGAUCAAAAAAUGUUAACGGGAUCCAAAACCUCAUUCAAAAUUAAACAGCUCGUUCCUGACUUCAAGGACAAAACCCUGAACUUCAGCAACACGGCCCUGCGGAGCGGAGAGACGUCAGACUUCACGUGCCUCCCGGGGGAGCGCGUUCUUCAGCGCACUCAGCCCGUCCGGAAGCCCCGUGCUGGGGGAGGAAGCUCGCUCACCGGCGCCCUCUUGUGUACCACCUUUAGGGUGGCGUUUGUCCCCGAGGAGGGCCUCUCCAAGACGGAGGACAGGGAUUCAGUUCCUGUGUUUUUGGGGGAGCAUGAUGUCGCUCUGGCUUCCAUUGAGAGAGUUGUAGCAGUGAGCCCGUCCCGAUGGAAGGUUCUGUCGGCCCGCUCGUCGCUCCGGUUCCGCCCCGAGGAGCUGGUUCUGUUCUGUCGGGACCUGCGGGUGCUGCGGUUCCACUUUGAGAAGAGCUGCGCCGGGACGGCCGAGAUAACGAGUGCCAUCGCCAGGGUGUACCAGCCCUCUGUCCCAGCAUCCCUCUCCUCCUUCCAGAGAUCCGCGCUGGGCAGUGUGGGUGAGGAGGGGUGGGAGAUGAAACAGUAUCUCAGUAAUCGAGGCACGGACCCCCAGAUGAACUGGUUUGAAGGGCUGCAGGACUGGGAGAGGGAACUGGCACGGACUGGGGCUACUGCCUGGAGAGUGAGCUCAGUGAACGAUCGUUUUGAAAUGGCCACGAGCCUCCCCAAAUUCAACGUGGUUCCUCAGAGGAUUCUGGACACCGAGCUGAAGAGAUCGUUUGCCCACUUCACUGAGGGGCGUGUUCCGCGCUGGUGCUGGCGCCACCCAGAGGGUAGUGACCUCCUCCGAGCCGCCAGCUUCCAGAGCAACAUCUACCAUGAGAAGCACGAUGCCCGGAACCUGGAGGCUCUGCUGUUCGGGCGUCACCCCCAGUGUGUGAUUGUGGAGGUGGGGGAGGACAUGCCCCCCCUCUCCGAGAUCCAGGCUGCCCACUCCCGUCUCCGAGCCCUCUGCCUGGGAGAUAUUCCUGCGUCGCUCUCGGUCCCGGAUGAGAAGUGGCUGUCCUCUCUGGAGGCGACUCGCUGGCUCGAUCACGUCAGGUCUUGUCUCAGAAGAUCUGCAGAGGUCUCCUGUCUCUUAGCAGAAGGGGAUCUUGCUGUUGUGCUGCAGGAGGCUGAAGACCGGGACCUGAACUGUGUCGUCUCCAGUCUGGUCCAGAUCAUGUCUGACCCGCAUUGCCGGACGCUGCCGGGCUUCCAGAACCUGGUUCAGAAAGAGUGGGUCUCUGCCGGCUUCCGGUUCCUUCACCGGAACAACUAUACCAGGGACUCGGACAAAGAGGAGUCUCCUGUGUUCCUGCUCUUCCUGGACUGUGUGUGGCAGCUCCUUCAGCAGUUCCCCUCUCGCUUUGAGAUCACGGAGGUGUUUCUGCUGACCCUGCACGACAGAGCCCACCUGCCUCUCUACAGCACCUUCCUGUUCAACUGCCAGCGCGAGCGGGGCCGCAAUACCCAGCAUCUCUCUCAGAGCUACACUCCAGUGAAUGGUUGGCAGGAGCUGGUGAACGGGGGUCUGGCUCCGGGUUGGGGGGGCCCCUCUUUCCCGUCGGUGUGGGACUGGGCCCUGCACUGCACCCCGGAGAGGCGGGACAGCUUCCGAAAACCUUCCAACGCCCCCCUGUCUUCCGGGAUCGCCCCGAACGGCAAUUCAGAAAUGCCAUCCUCCCACGAGCUCAGUGAUUGCAGUGGGAGUGGGCCCGGCCUGCUCCUCCUGUUCUCCAAGGGAAGCCUGGUCCCGGCCCCUCACCUCCUGCCCUGGAGGAAUGCUGGAGGAGCGGCUUCCAGCUGGAAGAAUCACCGUCGAGCCCCCUCCUGUGACGGGCUGCCUCGGCUGGAGAGAGCCCUCAAGGGCCAGCCGCUGGGACCCCGGGGGCCCCUGCUGCCCCUCCUGCUGGGGCCCUGCCUGCGCGUGUGGAGGGGCUGCUACCUGCGGGGGGCGCUGCAGAUACAGGUCCCGCCCCCAGUCUCCUCCCACCUGCAUGUUGAUUUCCUGGCCAGCGAGGUGGAGCGCCUGCGAGGCAGGCUGGCAUUGGCGAAGGGGCUGGAUCGCCACGGCAACUGCAAGAGGGCGGAGAGCCGGGGGACCAAUCAGAAGCCCAGGCAGGAGACCACAAACCACAACUUUCUGUUCGAUGGCAAUGGCAGGACGGGCUGCUGCCCGGAGCGGCGCUACACACAGACCCCCACCAGGGGGCAGAAGCACCCCAAACUGCCACCCUGAGCACAGCUGCUGGCUGUGAAGUUGCCAUAAGACUGGGUCCUGUUUGAAGCUAACGCAUGAUCAUUCAAUAAAUCUUACCCUUCCAAUAGCUACAGCUCUGGCCAAAAGCUAUGCAUCACCCUGUGAACUCGUUUUGCUGGAUAUGACUACGACUCCCAGCAUGCCUCUGCGUCUGCAGCAGUGGUGAAGGAUUAUGGGAGCUGUAGUUCUUUAUGCCGUGGUCUUGUAUCACAAAUGAUACAGACCUGUAUUACGAUGCAUCACGUACAGCUCUGGCCAAAGGUUUUGCAGCAUCACCCUAUAGAGAAUGAACUCAUUUUUCUUCAUAAAGUCCAAUGAAAGCUGCUGAAUAAUGUUCCCUUGUUAACAUAUUGAAUUCCACCCCCUCUAUAUAGAAUGAACUCCCUCAGCUUCAUAGAGUCCAAUGAAAGCUGCUGAAUAAUGUUCCCUUGUUAACAUAUUGAAUUCCACCUCCUCUAUAUAGAAUGAACUCCCUCAGCUUCAUAGAGUCCAAUGAAAGCUGCUGAAUAAUGUUCCCUUGUUAACAUAUUGAAUUCCACCCCCUCUAUAUAGAAUGAACUCCCUCAGCUUCAUAGAGUCCAAUGAAAGCUGCUGAAUAAUGUUCCCUUGUUAACAUAUUGAAUUCCACCCCCUCUAUAUAGAAUGAACUCCCUCAGCUUCAUAGAGUCCAAUGAAAGCUGCUGAAUAAUGUUCCCUUGUUAACAUAUUGAAUUCCACCUCCUCUAUAUAGAAUGAACUCCCUCAGCUUCAUAGAGUCCAAUGAAAGCUGCUGAAUAAUGUUCCCUUGUUAACAUAUUGAAUUCCACCCCCUCUAUAUAGAAUGAACUCCCUCAGCUUCAUAGAGUCCAAUGAAAGCUGCUGAAUAAUGUUCCCUUGUUAACAUAUUGAAUUCCACCCCCUCUAUAUAGAAUGAACUCCCUCAGCUUCAUAGAGUCCAAUGAAAGCUGCUGAAUAAUGUUCCCUUGUUAACAUAUUGAAUUCCACCCCCUCUAUAUAGAAUGAACUCCCUCAGCUUCAUAGAGUCCAAUGAAAGCUGCCGAAUAAUGUUCCCUUGUUAACAUAUUGAAUUACAUACUGUAUAGUUUUCCCCAUACAUACUUAACAAAAAAUGUGACAUUUCGAAAUCUAACCUGAAAUACUGUACCGCUGGUAUGGCUUCCGUCCGGUAGACUUUAGUGAUAUCAUGUUGUAGUUUCUUUGAUUACAUGAGGUUAAAUAAAAGAUCUAAAUUAUGUUCAUAAA